GCGUCUGUGUUUCCUUUCUUCGUUCUCUGCCAGGAGACUGCUUUAAAACCCUGAGCAGCUCUUUCCUGCUCCACCACCAAACAGGCCUGCGCUCUGUACACAUCUGCACACCAAACCUUUCACCGCAGCUUUCUACAAACCAAAGCAUUUUACACACCAAAGUUUUAUACACAUUUUUUUUCAGACUCCACGGCUACUGGAAGGAACCAACCAGAACUCAUUUCUUCAAGCUCUCAGAGACUCUACAAGACAGACUGACUCCAACUGAGACUUCUUCUACACCUGAGGACUGUUGUUGGAUGUUCUGUGUUGUUGCUCGUCUAGCAAAUGCAAGUCAUCUGUUAGCUGACAGUUCUGACUGGUCUGUGUGAGAGACUGUGGGUGGCCUGGGGCCUUUUGUGCUUCACUGAAACAGGAGUUGGGCUGAGGAAGCUUCUCUUGCCUUCCUAGACCUGGGGUCAGGUUCCACUGCCAGUGCUGGUCUUGGUAAAUCUGGUUCAAGUCUGGUUUAAGCUGUAGGCUGAUUUAGUCCGGUCCUGCUUCUGAGUGUAGUAAGACGAUGAGGGGGGCAUUGUUGGGUUUGUCGGUGUCUCUGGCCCUCUGUUGCUGUGUUCUAGGCUGGGAUGGAGGUGUAGAGGGACAGGACACCACAGGUGUCCAGACACAGGUGAGACAGGCUGGACCUGUGGAACAUGGGAUAGAGUGGGAGGAAGAGAGAGAGGACAUUAUGAUGGAUGACCCUGGUGUGGAGGAGAUCAAACCAAAGAAGAAGAAAUCCAUAGAGGAGGUGGAGGCAGCCAGGGCAAAGAAAGCCGCAGAGAAGGAGGCCAAAGCCAAGAAGCAGAAAGCCAACAAGGCACCCAAAGCCCCGAAACCCACUAAAAAACCCAAAGCCACCAAGGCACCCAAGAAGCUCAAGGCCACCAAAGCACCUAAAACCACCAAGGCACCUAAAGCCACCAAGGCACCUAAAACCACCAAGGCACCUAAAGCCACCAAGGCACCUAAAGCCACCAAGGCACCUAAGGUCACAAAGCCCAAAGCUACCAAGGCCUCCAAGACAACAGCAUGGAAGGAGGAGGGGGUGAAGCCAGUGACCAGAAGACCCAGUCUGGAAGAGGAUGAGGAGAAACUCCUGAUUGAGCUGGGCUGGGACAGACUAGACAGCAGACCCUCGGGACACACACCUCUCUCUGCUGGCUCCAAGACCCUGACAGAGCAUGGUCAAGAUUACUGGGACACCAAGCUGGACAGAGAGAGGACUACCACUGAGGUCAUCAUGUAUGUAUCAGAGGAAACCACAGUGCCCUGGUACGAAGAGUAUGAUUAUGCAGACUUGGCAGCUAAACAACUUGAGGAGGAGGCAGAGAAAGCUCGCAAGGAGAAGGAGAAAAAAGUGAAGCAGCUGAGGAAGAAGUGGGAGGAGGAAGAGGAGGAGAGGCUGAGGAAGAUCCCAGUACAUGCCGAACCCAAGAAAUGCCCUCCUCUAGGUUUGGAGUCCCAUCGUGUUGACGAUGACCAGCUGCUGGCCUCUUCUCAGUCUCACCACGGCUUCUCUGCUCAGCGGGGCAGGCUCAACAUGCAGAGCUCUGGUAAUGAGGAGGGUGUGUACGGGGGUGCGUGGUGUGCUGAGCCAGAGGAGAAGAACCACUGGUUUGAGGUGGACGCUCGCAGAGAGGUGGAGUUCACUGGAGUCAUCGUACAGGGCAGGAACUCAGACACAGCGGAAGAUUUUGUGUCCACGUUCUACGUGUCCUUCAGUAAUGACAGUCGUGAUUGGAUGGUGCUCCAUGAUGGCUAUGCUGAGUGGUUGUUCUAUGGGAAUGUGGAUAGGGACUCUCCAGUGAUGGUGCAGUUUGAUUGGCCAACCGUGGCACGUUACAUCCGUGUCCUUCCCCAGAGCUGGAACGGCAGCCUGUGUCUCAGAGUUGAGGUCAUGGCCUGCCAACUGACCAGCAGCUUCCGUAGUGAGAAUGAGGUCAACCCCACAGACAACCUUGACUUCAGACACCACAACUAUAAGGACAUGAGACAGAUGAUGAAGGUGAUAAAUGAGGAGUGUCCUAACAUCACUAGGAUCUAUAACAUUGGGAAGAGCUCUGCAGGCCUGAAGAUGUAUGCCAUGGAGAUCUCUGACAACCCCGGGGAACACCAGACAGGUGAGCCGGAGUUCCGCUACACGGCGGGUCUCCAUGGUAAUGAGGCACUGGGGCGGGAGCUGCUCCUCCUGCUGAUGCAGUUCAUGUGUAAGGAGUAUAAUGAGAACAACCCCAGAGUGCGCCGCCUGGUGGAGGGAGUGAGAAUACACCUGGUUCCCUCACUCAACCCAGACGCCUACGAACUGGCCUACGAGAUGGGCUCUGAGAUGGGGAAUUGGGGUCUGGGCCACUGGACUGAGGAGGGAUACGAUAUCUUCCAGAACUUCCCGGACCUCAACAGUGUUCUAUGGGGGGCAGAGGACAGAGGCUGGGUCCCACGCAUUGUACCUAAUCACCACAUCCCACUCCCAGAGAACUUCCUCAAUGGCUCGGUUGCCCUGGAAACCAAAGCCAUUAUUAACUGGAUGGAGCGGACCCCAUUUGUGUUGGGAGCCAAUUUGCAGGGUGGAGAGAAAGUGGUGGCGUACCCGUUUGACAUGCAGCGACCUCCAAAGGCUACAGGGACUUUGGGGUCUCGGCGUGAGUUGAGACCCGGUGUGAACCAUGAGAUGAAUGAGGAAACGUGGGCCCGGAUGCAGCGUCAGAAUGGGGACGCGCUACGAGAGACUUCUGACGACACCAUGUUCCGCUGGCUGGCCAUGUCGUACGCCCACAGCCACCUGACCAUGACGGAGACCCAGCGGGGCUCCUGCCACACAGACGACAUCUCUGGGGGACAGGGCAUCAUCAACAGGGCCAGUUGGAAACCUGUGGUGGGAAGUAUGAAUGACUUCAGCUACCUGCACACUAACUGCUUUGAGCUGUCUGUCUUCCUGGGCUGUGACAAGUUUCCUCAUGAGAGUGAGCUGCCUCUGGAAUGGGAGAACAACCGGGAGGCACUACUGUCCUUCAUAGAACAGGUGCAUCGUGGGAUAAAGGGCAUAGUGAGGGACAUGGAGGGUAAACCCCUGGCCAACGCCACCAUUUCUGUGGACGGCGUCAAACACGAUGUCAAGACUGCUGCGGCUGGUGACUACUGGCGGUUGUUGAACCCCGGGGAGUACCGUGUGACGGCUCGCGUCGACGGCCACACGCUCCAGACCCGGCUGUGCAUUGUGGGCUAUGACUCCGGAGCCACCCCCUGUAGCUUCACCCUGGCCAAGUCCAACUGGGACCGAAUUAAGCAGAUUAUGGUCCUCCACGGCAAGAGGCCCAUACGGCUUGUUACCAAAGCACCCCCCCGGGUAGGAAGUGACAUCAGCGGCGGGUCAGUUGGCAGCGUAGACGCAACAAAGACGGGCGCCACUGGCGGGAUGGGCGGGACUUCGGCCAACUCCCAUAAUGCAGAGCGUCUCCGGCGGUUACGGCUGAUGCGCCUGCGCAAGAUGCACCAGCAGAGACUCAGGUAUAACUUCUCCACUACCACGCCCGUUGCCACGACGACCACCACGGUGGCCCCCACAACGACGGCGGAGCUGGAGACAGAGAGCACUACUUCCUGGUAUGACUCGUGGUUCCCUGUGGAGAGUUCGUAUACAGAGCCCACACCUGCCGAGGUCUUCACAGAGAUCCAGGAGUCAGAGCCUACACAGGACUACACCUUUGAGUACAAAUUUGAAGAUUACUAAGGUGAAUUGAAUUAAAUUGCUAAAGUAACAAAUUACAGUUUUUAAAAACACAAUCAUAAAGGCAUUAUUCAAAUUGUGUGAAAUUGAAAACAUAUUUAAUUCCUUGCAGAGCUGAAAGAAAAUAUAGCAUUUAAAAAAAACGCUUAAAAAAAAUAAUACUUUCUCUGUGCUCUUCCAUUUAUGUCUCAUGAUGGUCUGUAUUCUGAUAUAUUUUUGUAAUGCUCACACAUAGAUCAGAGAAUAGACUACAUUCUCUCUCUGCAGAGCAGGGAUUUAACAGCAAGUUUUUCAUAUUAUUUACUUAAGCAAGCCUAUUCUGAGACGUAGAUAUAGGGUGCUUCAAAUGUUUCACAAUAAAAGAGUAUAAACAGGUUAUUUGACACACGCUGAAGUCAUGCUUUGCCUCCACGUGGAUUCUUAUGCUUGGUUAGAUAUGAUACUAAUAUCUAUGGAAACUGCGGUGUGUUUGUAUUAUUACAUUAAAAGUGUUCAAAAAAGUA